AUGGCGACAGAUACGAAGCGCCGCCGGAUAACCCCUGUGGCGAUGGUGUUGCACCUGGACGAGGAGGAGGAGGUUGACGAGGACGCCGAGGAGACGUGGGAGGAGGAAGGCUACGGGGAUGACGAAAAACAGCAGUUCGCUGCCGCCGCCGCCGACGACGACCGGGGCGAAGCGCGGAACCGGGAGAGCGUCGCCAUCGACGUCGAGGGAAGGGUCGGGGGCGUUUCAGACUGCGGUCUGGAUUUCUCGUUUCGAUCGUAUCCCGAGUCGUUCGACAGGUACGCCGGGCUGUCGUCCCCUGAAGCUCGCGAUGUCAUCACCGAGGACUGCAGGAAGUGUUUCGUGGGGGAGUCCUUCUGGCUCGCCGCGGGAUCCGAGCCGCGGUGCGCGCUGGAGGAGCUGGCCCGUAAGGUGUUCGAACUCCACGUCGCGGGCAUAGACGGCACGUGGGACGCCGCCAAAUCAGGCGCCGAGUGGUGGGUGCAGGUGAGGCACGAGGACGACGGGCAGAAGGAGGCGGUGUCGUUCCACUGGGACAAGGACGAGGACCUCGUGGACGACUUCGGGGUGAACGUGCACCCGGCGAUAUCCACCGUGACCUACCUCACGACAAGCGGGGCGCCCACCUUGGUGCUGGACCACGUCCCGCCCAUGAUGUACGAGGACGUGGAGCAGUUCAGGGGCCCCGUCGGGCAGGGAUACCUGUCGUUUCCGAAGCGGGGGAAGCACAUCGCCUUCGACGGUCGGCUGUUGCACGGCGCACCCAGGGAGCUGGCCAAGCCUCGGCACGUCGAGAAAGGAUACGAGCGCGUGUCGUUUCUGGUGAACAUAUGGUUGAACUACCGACCUCGCGCCAUAGAACCGUUCCCUGAGGAGGAGAUUGGGAACCUCGGCCUCCGCGGCUGUUUCCCGGGUACGAGCGCGUCUCCAACCGGUGACCGGCCGGAGGGCGUCGGGGGCGAUCGAUACCCGUCCACGAGCAGUAGAAACGAUCGAUUCGGGGACAUGCGAGAGUUCAGAUACGAUUUCGGGGAGACGGGCACGGAGCACACCCUGGUGUUGCCGGUGUCGAUCAAGGCGUUGGACUCCGUCACCGACGCGCGGGUGGGCAAAGGUGGGAGUCCCGUCGACUGCGUGCGGCUGCGAUUCGCUCGCGGAGCGGAGGCGGCCGUGGUGGAGCAAGAACCCAAGGAACCCAGGCGAUCGGGCCGACGUAGCUAG